CGCUCAGUGGCGGCGCGAGACGGCGAAGCAAGAGUGCAUAAUAAUCUAGGAUUGCACACCACGGUUGUUGUUGCUACGGUAACGCCUUAUUCAUUGAGCUGGUUUGAACUGGUUGGUGGAGCCGAAGGAGGGGUACAGCAGAAACGCUGCAUAGUCAGCACCAGGAGCACCAGCAGUAGCCCACCGGUAGCUCCGCUCCACUCCGCGCGCUCAGCGACAGCUAGUGUUGGCGGAGGCGCGGAAGGGUGAGGACGUCGGCUGGGUUUACACAACACACACCCACGCUCCUCGGCGCCUCACUCAUCGAUCCCGCCCUGCCACGUGUUCACCAGAGUUCUUGACCUUUCAUCUCAAACAGAAGAAAGAACACGUCUUAGGAUUCUUUCGAUUGUGGCGUCAUCUGCCGAGGCUCUGCAGUCACCACCACCAAGGAUGUCUGGGAAAAUACUAGUGAAGCAGGAGAGUGAUUCCGCCAAGCCGUUCCUCGGCAGCCAAGCUAACGAAAGGGAAGGCACGUCUGCGGGCUGCGUGACGCCCGUGCUGGUGAUUGCUGUAGCAGCCAGUCUCCUGGGGUCUUCAAUUCCAGCUGGUUACUGUCUAGGCGUCAUAAACACCCCGCAGGAGAUAAUCCGGCAAUGGGUGCGGCGAGCGCUGAUGGACACUUACGAGCUGGAGUUGACGGAGAAAGUCGAGGUGUCAGUGUGGGCGGUGGUGGUUUCUCUCUUCAUCGGGGGAGCUAUCACCGGCGCCUCGCUCGGUGGUCGCCUCACAGACGCCAUGGGAAGGAGGAUGUCCCUGCUAAUGAAUCACCUGCUGUGCCUCAUCUCAGGCAUCUUCCUCAUGUCCUGUAAAUUCAUCGGAUCUGUGGAGAUGCUGGUGAUUGGCAGGUUCAUGUCUGGUCUCUAUACAGGCCUUGCAACCUGCAUUGUCCCAACGUACCUAUCUGAGGUAGCACCGGCCGAACUCAAGGGAGUGAUGGGGGUUGUGUUUCCUUUGGGCAUGACUACUGGCGUUGUUCUCUCUCAAGUUUUGGGAUUGGACAGCAUUUUGGGUACUGAAAAUGGUUGGCCUUUCUUGCUGGGUGCUUUCAUAGUGCUGGUGGUGUUGGCCAUCUUAGCACAUCCAGCACUGCCUGAGUCUCCAAUCUACUGCUAUGCUAUGGGGCAAGAUGAGGCCAAAGGACUGAGAGAGCUUCAACGUCUGAGAGGGAAAGACAGCAAAGUAGUGGAGGUUGAGGAUUCUGCCUUGAGGACUCUUGCCCACCAGAUCAAAGAGGCCCAGUGGAGCAACACCUGGAAUGCCAUGUGGCUGCUUCGCUCUAGCACCUACAGGACGCCUCUUCUGCUCACCAUUCUUGUUAAUACAGCACAACAAUUCUCUGGAGUUAAUGCUGUUUUUUAUUACUCUACCCUAAUUUUCCGGAGCGCUGGUCUGGAUCUGUACCAGAGUCAGGGAGCAUCUAUUGGUGCUGGAGCCAUCAAUGCACUCAUGGCCAUACUGGCAGUGCCCCUUGUCAAACACUGUCGGCGGAGGGUGCUGCUGCUGACCUCCAUAGUACUGUGUGUCCUGUGUCAGAGUGUGUUGGUGGGGGCACUAUGGUUCCUCCCUUCCUACUCCUGGGCUUCCUAUGUUGCCAUUUUCAGCCUCCUGGCCUAUGUACUGGUUUUUGGUAUUGGCCUAGGACCAAUUCCCUACAUGAUUGCAACAGAACUUUUCCCAGUGGGGCCUCGGUCAGUGGGUAUUGCUGUGGGUGGCACCACCAACUGGCUCACCAAUAUGAUAGUUGGUCUCACCUUCCCUGUUCUGCAGUCUGAGAUGGCAGAGUUUUCCUUCAUUAUUUUCAUUGCCUCCAUGUGUUUCUUUACUAUCUUCAUCUACAAAUUUCUUCCUGAGACUUUCAGAGGAAUGCACAUUGUCUCUCAAGAAGAUGUGACCAGUGAAUCAAGUAGAAAGACCAUAGUUGACCUUGAUAUUAAUGGUCCAGCUGCAGUGUAAAGCAGCUCUUAAAUCAGUCUUCCUAACUCAGUGAUAACAGUAAUAUUUCUGGCUGUCAUGACAUAUAACAGUUAUAACAACAAAAGAAUGGCAGUUAUAACAACAAAAUAACAAUGAUGCUACUACUACUUCUACUACUACUACUACUACUCUUACUACUACUACUACUACUACUACUACUACUACUACUACAAAUAACUAAUAGUAAUAAUAACAAUAAUAAUAAUAAUAAUUACUUAUAUUAUGCCAUCUGAUAUCCCCUUUAAAAGGUGGGCAGCUGAAACAAUGUUUACAUUAUGCCCUGUCUCAUUGUAGGGAAUGAAAAUACAGAUAAGGGCUCCACAGUCCCUUUGCUCAAGAUUUUGAGUCACCUGUUAUGUCAUGCAGGAAAUAUUGUGGCAUUAUUCUUCCAACUCGACAGAGGAGCAUGCAGAAUAUGAUAUGAAUCUCAAAUACAUAAGAAUAGUACUAGACUGAAAACAAAACCUUUUCAUCAGAGAAUAAAAAGCAAAAUAUGGAAACAAAGGAAUAAACAUAUAAAAUCCCCACAUCAAAUAAUGUUGACAUGCAUAUUAGGGUAUAUGUGAGAGAGAGAGAGAGAGAGAGAGAGAGAGAGAGAGAGAGAGAGAGAGAGAGAGAGAGAGAGAGAGAGAGAGAGAGAGAGAGAGAGAGAGAGA